AUGGCUGUGAGGGAUAAGCUAUUUCCUAUGGCUGACAUUGUAACCCCAAAUCUAAAAGAGGCAUCCGCUUUGUUUGGUGGUAUGCUGUUGGAAUCACUUGCAGACAUGCGUACUGCUGCCAAAUCUAUACAUGAUUUUGCCCCAAGUUCUGAUCACUUUGAGCACAAGGCUGAAUUAGUCACUUACUGCAGAUAUGUGCUUGUCAAAGGAGGUGAUCUCCUGGUAUUGUCAGAUGCUGUUGAUAUUUUAUAUGAUGGUUACAAUCCUUGGAGAAUUGACUCCAUGGAGACAACCCUGGAUCAUUUUACUGUUGAGAAAAUGGCAAGUGCAAAGGACAUAAGUAUCAAGACCAAUGUCAUUAUGGAUAUGGUAAUGCAACUUGCAUUAGAAAGGGAGCGUCUAAAGAAACAGCUUAAUGAUUUAGCAAAAGAAAACAAGUUCCUCAAAGUGAAGCUAAGAAAGACUGAAAAGGAUGAAUGCUUGACUGCACAUGACGACAUUGAUAAGAGUGAAAAAAUGUUGCCAACAUCUAGAGCUGACUCGGCUGCUGCGUCGUUAAAUGAUGAAUCACAAGGAAAGUCAUCAAAUCAUUCUCCAACUCUCUGGUGGAGGAAACACUUAAUACUGCAUCUUCAGAUCAAAAUGAAAUGGGCAUUUCCAACAGUGCAGAAAAUAGCAAUAAUCUGA